AUGCCGAACUCAAGCUCUACUACUGAUACGUCUGCGUGGGAUACCCCGAAAAUCGUAGGGGUUGUCCUCGCUGCUAUCCUCCUCGUGAUCGAAGGUGGACUCCUGUUCAUGGCGAUUCUGACCCAUCGUGAAGUACUCCGACGGUUGCAAGCCGUCGGCGUCAGCUUCAGGCCCGACUACUGGUUGAUCCCUGAAGGGACUACGUCGUCAGAUCCGAUCGCACGCAAGAUGGAAUGA